UACACUAGCUGAACCUCCAGCAAUGUCGCUGAGGACAAGGCAGACAGUGGCGCUCUGCCUGCUGGCGCUCAUCCUCCAGUUCCUGCCUCAGUUCACUGCUUCCGCAGAGGACAUUGCCGGAACCAGAGGUGUGUGGGACGGAGGAGGAUGCAGCCCGCAGGGAGACAGCCGGGCGACUCCGCGCCAGAGCGUGCUGGCCGGCCGCGCAGAGAAAACAAUUCGAAAAAAACGACAGACAUCUGACAUUUCUCCUAAUGCCAAAAUCAUAUCUGAGACGUCGAACAAUCCGGAAAACACCUUCCACUCUGAUUUGCCCAUGAACCCUAAGGACAGCACAUCUACUGAUGUCAGAACCUCACUUAAGGUCACCACCUCUACUGGGACCAUCACCUCUACUGAAGUCACCUCCUCUCCUGAGACCAUCACCUCUCCUGACGUCACCACCUCUACUGAGACCACCUCCAAACCUGAUGACACCACCUCUCCUGACAUCACCUCCUCUCCUGAGACCAUCACCUCUCAUGAAGUCACCUCCUCUCCUGAGACCAUCACCUCCCCUGAUGUCACCACCUCUACUGAGACCACCAGCUCUACUGAGACCACCUCCAAACCUGAAGACACCACCUCUACUGAAGUCACCUCCUCUCCUGAUACCAUCACCUCUCCUGACGUCACCUCCUCUCCUGAGACCAUCACCUCUCCUGACUUCACCUCCUCUCCUGGGACCAUCACCUCUCCUGACGUCACCACCUCUACUGAGACCACCAGCUCUACUGAGACCACCUCCAAACCUGAUGACACCACCUCUCCUGACAUCACCUCCACUCCUGAGACCAUCACCUCUCCUGACGUCACCACCUCUACUGAAGUCACCUCCUCUCCUGAUACCAUCACCUCUCCUGACGUCACCUCCUCUCCUGAGACCAUCACCUCUCCUGAUGUCACCUCCUCUCCUGAGACCACCUUCAAACCUGAUGACACCACCUCUCCUGACAUCACCUCCUCUCCUGAGACCAUCACCUCUCCUGACGUCACCACCUCUACUGAGACCACCUUCAAACCUGAUGACACCACCUCUCUUGACGUCACCUCCUCUCCUGAGACUAUCACCUCUCCUGACGUCACCACCUCUCCUGAGACCAUCACCUCUCCUGAUAUCACCACCUCUACUGAGACCAUCACCUCUCAUGAAGUAACCUCCUCUCCUGACACCAUCACCUCCCCUGACGUCACCACCUCUACUGAGACCACCAGCUCUAGUGAGACCACCUCCAAACCUGAAGACACCACCUCUCCGGAAAUCACCUCCUCUCCUGAGACCAUCACCUCUCCUGACAUCACCUUCACUCCUGAGACCAUCACCUCUCCUGACGUCACCACCUAUACUGAGACCACCAGCUCUACUGAAACUACCUCCAAACAUGAUGAC